AUGGCCGACGUAGACCGACAGCAGGGCGGGCCCAGCACCUCGCGACGGAAGAAGGUCGCCGGCAAAUCGAAGGCACAGCCCGCAAAUGAUUGGUCACGGAGCGGCGAGCCACGCUCCCGUGCCUCGCCUCGUUCGAACCGCCAUGGAGAUAUAGACGUAGACCUUGUCGAGUCGUCCGACGACGCCAACGACGCCCACGACGCCAAAGCGUCGCCCCGGAAGCAGCGACGACGACGUCGUCCCCAACCUCCGGCCGACACCACCUCUGACACGGCCUCGGAGACAACCCACCCGGCCAAGGCCCCCGCGCCCGCCAUGAAGGGACGCUCCAAGAGCAUGCGGGUGCCCAACGCGUCCGUGCCCACGCCCCCUCGGCGCCCAACCUGUAUCAUCGAACCGGCCGACGAAGAUGAUGCUUCUCCCUCCGGCCCCUCGCGGCCCGUGAGUCGCCAGACCAUCGCCCGCCGCGACGUCAGUCCCCGAUCCGCUCACCCCUACCGGUCGACUCCCGAGUCUCGCCGCUCCCCGAGGACCUCUGUUUCCGAUUCGGAAGACGACACCGACGCCACCUCUGACUCGGACUCGGAACAGGUCAUCCUACCCCGCGGAAAACUCCCCGCCGUACCAUCUGCGCCCCCGCCCAUGCCCGCCGGCGCCCACGGUUCGCUCCAGGAACGGCUGAUGCAGCGCCCCGAGAUGGUGUACGAAGAAGAGGACGGCACCUCGAGGUACGCGCCGUCGGCUAGGCAUAGGUCGUUAUCCCGCCCCGCUUCCAGCGGACAGGACCCCUAUCGGCGACCCAGGGACAUCACUGUUUCCGGGCCCCCUAGCCUCGACGAAACACGCCGCUCCCGGUCGAGAUCCAAGAGUGCCAGGCCGUCGAGAAGGCACUAUGAAUCCGAUGUCUAUAUCUCUUCGAGGCCCGCCUCAUCCUUCAACAACAAGAGGGCCCAUGCCGCGUCAUCAUAUAGCCUCGGAUCCUCCGCGAAGCGUUCAACCUUCUUUCCCGCUGAUUAUUCCGCACCUCUUGCCCGCAUCUCGCAACCGGAGAAACCAGCCGAGCGUACUACCGUGUGUGCGCACGUUGGCAGGGUAGGUGUAGCCGUUGCAGAACCAAGAUUUGCGCGUCUUGCCACGGCCGAUGGCACCACGAGCCUGAAUGCCCGAGCGAUGAUGACGCCGCCUUGUUCACCAUUGAACAACCGACAAAGCGGGAACCGUGGCAACGCUGCUACCGCUGCAAAACCAUGGUGGAGUCGGUGUGGCGCUGAACUCUGCCCGCAAUGUGGAGGGAAGUGGAAGAGUUGCGAAUGUCCCUCCUUUACAGACGACCCGUUUGAGGCUGAGAUAGCGAAUCCACGAGCGAACCCCUUCGCGUCUCGGCCGCCUUCGCCUUCACCUCGUGACUUCCGGUCAGAUUUUGCACCCCCUCACGCCGCCAUUACCCGGCCCCGACCGUCAAGUUACGAAGACGAUGCGCAUCUACGCCGCUUGCAUGAACACCACCACCGCGAUGACCACCUUGCGCGGAGAAUGCAUUCGUUUGACGAGUUUGGCCAUCACAGUGGCCAUGCUGAUCCUAGCCGAAGAAGGGAGGACUACGAUUUCGAGACCCCCGAACCUCGUGAUCGCCGUCGACGUGCGGACAUGCGCGAUUUCGCCAGCCCGUUUGCGGACGAGGACUAUCACCGCCGAGCUGCAACUGUCGUUGCGCCGUCGCCACCACAGCCCCACGUCCCAGCCGCGCCGCCUCCUCCUCGCUCAGCAUUCGAGCCGCCUUCCCGUCCAGCUUUCGAUCGUGCGGCGUCCGGCUUUGAAUAUGGCGCGGCGCGCCGGGGCCGGGAUGCGCGCUAUGCCUCCCCGGAGAGGUUUGACCAUUACAUGCCCGAAAAUUAUCCUACCGAACGGCGCCGGCCUCGCUCUCCCGACCCGUGGCAAGCUUUCCCUCAGGAGCAACGGGCUCGAUCUCGCGACAGACGCCACACUUUCCCGUCCGAAUCACGUCCUACGUCCCCUGAACCCUGGCAACUUCCCACACGAUACCCGUCUCCCGAAAGACCUGUGCCGGCUGUCGAGGAGAGACGACGCGCUCCGUCUCCCGACAGGCGUCAGGCAUCUUCGUUCGAACAGCGCCUUGCCAGCAGAUUCAAAAAGGAGAGCAGACAAAAUCCCACCGCUCCCAUUGUCCCCAUUGGCGCUGCCGGCCCGGUUGGCGCCCUGGGUCCAUUGAGUCCCACCCGUGCUCCCCCACCACCUUCCCGAGCUGCCACCCACAUCGGUGCAAGCAUGCCCAUGGCGCCAAUCCCUCCAUCCAUUCACGGCGGCCCCCCCCCAGCACCAUCCCUUCGUAGGCACCACACCAUGGACGAGGAUAUCUACGGACCCGGUGCCGGCAUGCCCGGUGGUGGUAUGCCCGGCGGUAUGCCCAACGGUAUGCCCGGUGCUAUGCCCGGUGGUAUGGGUGGUAUGCCUGGUAUGUCUGGUAGCGGGAUGCAUGGCAGCGGGAUGCCUCCCCCGGGAGAUUGGUUCGGACCGCCUCUGCCCCACGGCCAUCCCCAUAGCCACUCGCAUUCCCACCCCCCUCCUCCCGGCAUGGGGAUGCCCAUGAUGCACCCCGGCCAUCACCCGGCCAUGCACGACAUAGCCCCGCCGGACAUGAACCCCGCCAACGGCGGGUCACACCGUGCGCCGCAUGUGAGGAGGCGCCCGCCGCAAGCCCAUCGUGAGCACAGCAAGUAUGACAUCCCGCGUUCGUCGGUCCUGGCGGGCCUCGGCGGGAUGGGUCGAGGCGCCCUUCGCGUCCAUGAGUGGGUGAACUAUGUGGAGCCAGGCGCGCCGGAUGACUUGACGCAUAUGGCCAUGCAUUAG